AUGGAGCAAGAUAGCCCCAACACGAAAAAAUUCAAACGGGCGAAGGAGGUUCCUAUUUCAUCCUCACAUGCUUUCGCACAUUUAGAAGAAGACUCCAGAUCGACCGCAAGUAGUUUUGUGACAGUGUCCGAAGAUCCUAGUUUGGAGUGGUGGACCCAAUGGCAGACGCUGGUUGGUGUUCCUCCAUCAUCACCGCUAUAUAACAUAACCGAACAAGCAAAUCUGUUGCAUAGUGAUGACGUACAAAUUCCAUCGCAAUCCAAUGCUGCCGUCAUAUCGGACGAUCACAGGUCCCCCAACGUGAAGGAAGAUAAAUCAUUACCAGGAACGCCGGGACACGUUGUCGAACUGUCAUCAGCCUCGUCGUCUUUAUCGUCAUCCUCAUCCUCAUCAGCCUCGUCGUCUUCAUCAUCAUCCACAAGCCAAACGAUGACACCUCAUCAGCCAACAGUGUGUAGCAGUCAACCUUCCAUCGAUGAAGUGUUUAUACCCAGUAAGGAGAAUAAUAGCACACCAAGUACAAUCAAAUUGCCAGUCACUGAAAUCCCAACUGAGUCAACGCCAUCGUCCUCGACAGACAAUCCCGAUUAUGAGGAAUCAACACCGCAGUUAGCCACGGAGCAAAAGUAA